AUGACUAGAAAGAAGGUGGAGCUUACAUACAUAACCAAUGACUCGAAGAGGAAGGCAGCAUUCAAGAAAAGGAAAGAUGGUUUGAUGAAGAAGAUUAAUGAAAUCAGCACCCUUUGUGGGAUUGAAGCUUGUGCUAUUAUCUAUGAUCCAAAUGAUCCUAAGCCAGAGGUUUGGCCAUCUCCAUGUGGAGUUCAAAGUGUGGUGUCCAGGUUCAGGAGAAUGCCUGAAGUGGAACAGAGCAAAAAGAUGCUGAAUCAUGAGAGCUUCUUGAGGCAAAGGAUCCAAAAAGCCCAAGAGCAGCUGAAGAAACAAAUAAAUGAAAACAGGAAGAAAGAGAUGACCCAUCUCAUGUUUCAAUACUUGGGUGCUGGGAAGAUUUUUGACAAUGCUAACAUGACUGAUUUGAAUGAUAUCUCAUGGUUGAUUGAUCAAAACCUGAAGGAUAUUGAACGAAAGAUCAAUCAAAGCCAAGCCCAAGAGGGGACAUUAGUGGCUGAAAAUGGAUCUGAAACUGUGAGUGGAGAAAAGCAAGUACACAUGGAUCAUGACCAAGGGCUAGAGACCAACAUGGACGCCAUGCAAAAGCAGAAUUGGUCUAUGAACUUUAUCAAUGGUGGUGGGGAUGAGAUGCUACCAUUUGGAGCUGAUAUUGUCCAAAGUGGCCUAUGGCCUAACCCAUAA